CGAAACAAUUUGAAGGUUGUGUAAAUAAGAUAUUUUAAGGAAAACAAAAUAUUUAUAAAAAUAAAAACCUAAUCGAAAUAUGUGCCAACUUACAUGGUAAUAAUAAUAUAUCCGGAUUGCGUAUGAAUUAAAGCCCAUGCGAUGGACAAGUUAAGAGUCGAAGAAGUUGCCAUAAACUUAGAACUAAUGAAACGAUCCCGGUUCUAUCACAUAUUUAAUCCGAACGGUACAAAGAUUUUCAACUGUAAUGCUUACCGACUAUUACUGUUUCUUUACGGAUCAAUUGUGAACUGCAUUGUCGUUUUCAGCACGUUGGGUUUUUUUGUCGAAAUGGACGAUACUAUGAGUUUUACUGAUUUAUUUGUAGCUAUAUUUGUUUUGAUUAAUUUUUUUUUAUGCUAUUGGAGGAUUUGCGUUUUUAUGUACAAUGUAAACGCGAUUUACGACGUGCUCAGUGUUUCACGGUUUGAUUUAUUGAAGAGCAAACAUUGUUGCAAAAACGUAAACGUACUUAACGACUAUCGCGAUAGAACGAUCAAAAUCACCAAUUACUUUUUCUUAUUUUCGUCGACAGUGAUGUCGCAAUGGAUUAUAUAUCCUCUCGUGGUCAUCGCGUUCACAAUGCCCGAAGACGAAUAUGGCCGCUUCCAGAACAUCAUGAACUUGCGUUAUCCUGUCUCUACGUACACUUACAACCAAUAUUAUUUCAUAUUUUAUUUAAUGGAAGUGAUGGUAGCAAUAUUUACCAUGUACGCUAUGAUCUUUCCAGACAUACUUUUAAUGUCUGUGUGUUGGGCUAUAAUCGCUCAACAGGAAGUCCUCACUCAGGCGUUCAAAAACAUUGGACACGAAGACAACUCCCAAAUGGUAUAUUAUGGAGAUUUCAAAUCAAUUCUACUUGAUCAACUGCAACUUAAUCUGAAAAUAAAAUUAUUUUAUUCAGUUGUGCGGCCUAUCAUUUUAACAUACGUUGCUAUUAUAUCCACAUGUUUCAUAAUCGUGACGUAUGUAUUACUUCUGGUUUGCAUGUCAAAGGAAUCACAUCCAGUUCUUACUAUUAUCAAGCUCGGAUCAUCAGCACUCUACAUGUGCUUACACUUAUAUUUAUAUUGUUAUUUAUUUGACAGUAUGAAUAUUAAAAGUCAAUCCGUUAACACUGGCAUAUAUUCUUGUGAUUGGACGAAAAUGGAUAUACAAUUUAAAAAGUUACUAUUAUUAACGAUGCAAAUGAAUAAUGCCAAUAAUUUAGUAAUAAAAGCUUCACCGAAAAAAAUCGUCAACUUACAAUUAUUUGCUAAUAUCAUAACGAUGUCGUACAAUGUUGUUUCUGUCAUGCUGGAAACCACGAGUUAAAAAAAUCAAAUUUCGGAAUAGAUAUAUUAAAGUUUAAACAAUUAAUAGGCAAUAGGUUAUACCUAGUUACUUACUAUAAUAUAGGUAGCUUGAAGGUAUAAUAUAAGAGAUUUACCAUUCAACGCAAACUUAAUAGUUUAUUGUAUAUUAUAGAUUAUUUAUAAAAAAUUUUAU